GGAAAAUAAAAAUUCUCUCCAUCUCUCUCUAUCAAAUAAAAAAAAAUAAUAAUACAAGAUUACUUUAGCUUCUCUUUCACAGAAGAGAGAGAAAAAGAGAGGAGAGAGAAGAAAAUGGUUCAGAUCGAGAAGAGGAAGAAGAAAGGAAGACCAUCUAAAGCAGAUCUAGAAGCUCGUCGCGCUGCUCAGGAAGCUGAAGCUGAAGCUGAGUUUUUACUGUCGGCUGAUUUGGCUGAGCCGAGAGAUGUUCGCCGUAGUCUUCGGCGUAAGAGUUUCAGGUAUAAUAUAAUUGAUUAUGAUGAAGAUUAUUUAGAUAACGACGUCGUUUCGGAGGAGGAAGAUGAUGGUUCAGAGGAUGAAGAUGAUGAAAAUGGUGGUCAUAGGAGAAAAAGAGGGAAGAAAGUGAAGCUAGUUGUGAAAAUUGAUAAUAGGAGUAGUAUUAGUAAUAGUAAGAGUAGAAAUAUUAGGUUGAAUCGUAGUGAUGACUCAGUGAGUCACCGUGGCCGCCGAGUUACGCGUUAUGAAUCGGAAGAAGAAGAAGAAGAAGAAGAAGAAGAGGAAGAACAAGAAGAAGAAGAAGAAGAAGAAGAAGAAAGAGGAGAAGAAGAAGAGGAGGAGGAGGAAGAGGAAGAGAGGGAAGUGAAGAAGAGAAAAAUAAACAAUGAAGUUGAAGAAAAUGAAGACGAUGAAGUUGAAAAUGGCGGAAAUGAAGAAGAAGAUGCGGGAAGAGAUGAGAAAGAAGAGCUAAAUGAUGGGGAUUAUGAUGCAGGUGUUAUAAAGCAUGAUGGUAUUGGUAAUACACCUUUGCCUGACAAAAAACAAUUGGAGUUGAUACUCGACAAGCUUCAAAAAAAAGAUACCUACGGUGUUUAUGCUGACCCUGUUGAUCCUGAAGAGCUCCCGGACUAUCAUGAUGUCAUUGAACAUCCAAUGGAUUUUUCCACCGUGAGGAAGAAGCUUGCGAAUGGUUCAUACUCUACUUUGGAGCAAUUUGAGAGUGAUGUAUUCCUAAUUAGCUCCAACGCAAUGCAGUACAAUGCACCUGACACAAUUUACCAUAAGCAGGCUCGCACAAUUAAAGAACUUGCUGAAAAGAAAUUCCAGCGAGUAAGGAUGCAGAUUGAGCGAUUAGAGAAGGAGCCAAAAUCUGAACCAACAUAUGAGCCAAAGGCUGAGCCAAAGUCUGAACAAAAAGAAAGAUCUUACUCUAUUAUCAAGAAACAAACAAAGAAGCUGUUCUCUCGAGGCACGCAGGAUCAUGUAGGUUCUGAUUUCUCAUCUGGUGCCACUCUUGCCACUGUGGAUCCCUUUAAUAAUGGCGGCACUGAUCACGUGGAUAACUUCGAGAGGGCUAUUAGUAAUGAGGGGACAGUAGAGGGAAGCUCUUUCCUUCUGGAUAAUAAUCUAGAGAGAACUGAAGAUCCACAAUCAGGGAAGGGUACUCUACCAAAAUUUGGAAGGAGAUCAUUUGUGGUUGAUGAGAAUCGUCGUGCAUCUUACGACAUAUCAAAUCAACCCGAAGAUUGGUCUGAGUCAGUAUUUACAACAUUUGAUUGUGAAAAGAAGCUGUUAAUUCCCGUUGGGUUGUCUGGUGAAUUGUCCUAUGCCCGUAGUCUGGCUCGAUAUGCUGCAAAUCUAGGGCCUAUGGCUUGGAGAAUAGCCUCAAAGAGAAUUAAAGAGGUUCUUCCUCCAGACUUCAAAUAUGGUCGCGGAUGGAUUGGGGAAUAUGAACCGCUUCCUACGUCAGCGUUAGUUUUUGAACAUCGAAAAGACCCCUUUGCUUCAAGAUUACCUGAUGUUGAUUCAAGGAUGGAUGACAGAAAAGACCCCAUUAUUUCUAGGACACAUGAUUCUGUUGAUCUUAGAAUGAAUGAAAAAGUUUCACAGGGUCGAGAUCAAUCUAAUGUUUGCAUCAAUCAGUCUAAUUCAGAUGGAAACUUGGCGACCGUUGGCUCUGGAGGUGCCAAACCACCUGCAACUACUGCUUUCGUCUCUCAACCGCAGAAACAGUGGAACUCACUUUCCAGAUGUUCUGAAAAUACGUUGUUCAAAGGAGCUAAAAUGAAUGGCCCAUCUACAAACAGUCAGCAACACAACAUUUUCGAGCCGCAAAGCAGAUAUUCAAGGGAUUCAGUUUUUCCUGAAAAUAUGGGUGCAAAGAGAGUGGAACCAAAUUCUCCGUCGAUAGCCGAUCAGAAUAAAGAUUGUAUUCCUCAGAAACAAGUGUCUUUGGAAAUCGGUAAAAAGAGGGUGGAAACAAAUUCUCAUGGGCCAUCCAACCAGAAAAUUGAUAAUGCUUUACAGAAACAACCACAUGCUACGGAAAUGUCGGUUUCCACACCAUGUGAACCAUUUCCCAAGGGUAAAAAUUUUCUGCAAUCGCUGCCUUUCAAGAAGCCUGAUGCAAAUGGAGGUAAUCCUGAAGGGCUAUCUAAUGGGAAAGUAGUGAACAAUAUUGUAGCUGGUAAUCGUUUAGUUACUUCAACCCAAGGAUUAAUGUUACCACAAGAAGCUAAAGCAGCAACACCCGUUCCUCCAAAACCAGAUCAAGGUCUUAGUGAUCCUGUCCUGGUUAUGAAAAUGUUGACGGAAAAAGCUCAGAAGCAACAAAAUGGAUCGACUAAUGAUCUUAGUCCUGCACAUCCUAGGCCAUCUGUUCCAUCUCCCAGAGGAGAUGGUGGAGGUAAUGCUGCAGCAGCAGCUGCCAACACAUGGAUGUCUGUUGGUUCUGCAGCAUUUAGACCACCUUUUCAAAACACUCUGACGAACAGAAGUCAAAUUCCUGCGGAUUCGUUACACAAUGCAACACGGAUGUUCUAUCCGCAGGCAAUGCAAUCUCAUGUUGAUUAUCCAGUCUCAAUGUCCAUGCACUUUCAGCCCGAAAAGACAGGUCUCCCCUUUUACCCCUUUGCAUCACAACCUACGAAAAUUGGAAAUGAAGCUCAGGUCCCGAGCAGACCAAUGGUAUUUCCUCAACUGGUUACAAAUACUAACAUUGGAAAUGAAGCUCAGGUCCCGAGCAGACCAACGGUAUUUCCUCAGCUGCUUACAAAUGACUUGUCUAGAUUUCAAAUGCAAGCCCCUUGGCGGGGUCUUAGUCCACUUCCUCAACAGAAACAGAAACAGGAUACACUUCCCCCGGAUCUGAAUGUUGCUUUUCAGUCAUCUGUAGACUCUCAGCAGCCAGACCUUGCUUUACAGCUUUAGUUGAACGCUAGUUUCUGCUAAAACAAGAGGAAUCCUAUGACUAUGGGUGAAAGAAAAUCAACCCAGAUAGUUAAUUUCAAUCAUGAAGAAAAUUCAGCCGUUGGAAUUACUUCUAUAGCUUGGUGUGUUCCUAUCUCUUUGUUUGAAUUCGAUGCUUACUGAUGCAGGAAAAAAACUAAAUCUAGGGAAUGGCUGACAGAUACUUUUUCUUGAAUUAUAUUUACUUAUUUGAGGUGGAAGAUAAUCAUACAAAUCCUAGAUAGGUUUAGCUUAACAAUUCAAGCAAUGGCCCGAAAGUGAAUUCACCCAUAGUAGGAGUUGCUGAUUCUUUGUAAUUAGUAUGUGUAGACUGCAGAGGAGGCUGUGUAUACUUGCCAUGUAUGACGGCUUCUGUUGGUUUAGCACUCACCUCUUAGUUUGCCGUUUACAUUCGUGCUCGAGCAGAGUGUUCGCCAUGUAUGACGGCUUCUGUUGGUUUGGCACAUACCUCUUAGUUUGCCGUUUACAUUCAAGCUCGAGCAUAACUCCAUCAGUCAGAGUUUAUGUUUCAUGCUUAUAAGUCUCCUAGUAUUAGUUAGUGGCUAAUUUAUUGAUUGUCAAUAGUUUUUGGCUUUUGUUGUAGUAAUAUGAGCAUCAUAAUCAAAGUUGUCUUCAUGGUCGACACAAUUGUUGGUAGUUCUAGAGAACACACCCGUAUGUGUGCCUGAUAAAUGACUAGUUGAAUUUUUGAUUGGAUUUUAGUUUUGACUUUUUAUUUGGUUUAACAAUCUUAAAAAGUUAUAUUUGUUAAAUGAGUUUUAAAUCUGUUUUGAUUUUUAACAUAAAAAGCUAUUAUGAGUCGCUUUUUUAAUAGAAUAUAUCAUGCAGUUUCUAAAGAAAUGCAAAAUGAUAAUUUUUUUUCUUGGCUUAAUAGUUUCAAAUUUUCACCCUUUUACCCUUUAAUUGCUAAUAGGCCAUUGGGCAGCCCACAUUCACCAUGUUUUGAAAAUGGAAAGGCACGUCACGUGGUAUGUAGUUUCGGCCCGCCGCUACGACAUACGAAUACUAUACAAUGUGACGCUAUUUUUUAAUAUCAUGUUAAGAC